UCAUACCUGAGGUUUUUCUCUACCAUAGUAAGACUCCAAUGGCAGAGGUAGACGAAGCAGACGACAGCAUGCUUGGCAAAACGAAGAUCUCGCCCCUAAGACGAUGGAUCAACGAAAACUUCCUGCUAGUGCUCACUUCAGUAGGGAUCGUCUUCGGUUUCAUUUUAGGAUUUGGGAUCCGAGAGGUGAACCCCUCUCCCGAGCUUCUGACGUGGAUAGGUAUGCCGGGGGAACUCUUUAUAAGGAUGUUAAAGUUGAUGAUUGUACCUCUCAUUGCCAGUAGCGUAAUUGCAGCAACUGCCUCACUGGACGCCAAGUCUAAUGGCCGGAUAAGUCUAGUGGCUUUUAUUUUCAUCACCGUAACAAAUGUCCUUGCAUGUGUCAUCGCCAUCGUCCUUGCCCUCAUAAUGAAACCAGGUGUUGGAGUGACUUUUGUGACAACAGAAACGAAAUCUACUGCUGUUGUGGAAACAUCGGAUGUUUUUGCAGAUUUACUUCGAAAUAUAAUGCCAGACAAUAUUGUGGAUAUGACGUUCCAACAAACAAUUACUCAAAAUGAAGUCACGUAUGAAACCUUAAUAAAGAAUACUACUAACGGCACUGUUAAGGAGACUGUUAAAAAACUGAACAAAACCGUCGGCAAAACGUCAGGCACUAACUUACUCGGUAUCAUUAUGACAUGUAUGCUGAUGGGAAUAGCUCUAAGCAAAGCAGACGAGAAAGGAAAACCAGUAUUAGACCUUUUUGAGUCGUUGGCAGACAUCUUUCUGACGAUACUGCGUUGGUUAUUGUGGUAAAUUGGCGUUAAACUUAUCAGAAGCAGACAAUUCGGCUACAUGUUUCAAGUUUAUUCAAUAUAGUACUUAUGUGUUUGUCAAUACAUACAAAGUACAUAAUUUAGAUGAACAAUUAAGCAAUAACUAUGCAAGAAAUACAACAUUUCUUGCUAACAAACACAAGUAAGGUAUUCCUUGCAAA